GUGGGCACAGGUGGGUGGCACUGGUGGGCACAUGUGGGUGGCACUGCUGGGUACAGGUAGGUGGCACUUCUGGGCACAGGUGGGUGCACUGCUUGACACAGGUGAGCGCACUGCUGGGCAGAGGUGGGUGCACUACUGGGCACAGGUGGGCGCACUGCUGGGCACAGGUGGGCAGAGCUGGUGGGUGGCACUGCUGGGCACCGAUCAUCAAGGCACUGAUCAUCAGUGCCCUGAUGAUCGGUGACGAUCCCUGCUCUGACAACUGGCGGUUUUCGGCAGUACUUUCCUCACGAUCUGACAGCGUGAGGAAAGUGCAGCCGAGAACUGGCAAUUGAAU